AUGAGCAUCACCAUUACGCCCCUCUCGGCGCAUCCCUUGCCGCCUACAUACCUCCUCACAGUCGACAAUGCGCAAAUCCUCCUCGACUGUGGGUCGUACGACAAGGGCCGCGAAGCGACACUGCCUUCCACAUCCACCUCCUCCGCCCCAACCGACGAACCGACAUCCGAACAAGUCGCCGAGUACCUCUCGACUCUCCGCAAACUCGCUCCUUCGCUCAACCUCGUCCUCCUCUCCCAUCCUCUCCUCACCUCUCUCGGCCUCCUUCCCUUCCUUCGCGCCCGAUGCGGCCUGAGAUGUCCCGUCUACGGUACGCUCCCGACGCGAGAAAUGGGUCGGUAUGCGGUGGAAGAAUGGGUCGAGGCGCGAAGUGCGGCGGAGAAGAAUGAGAUCCGCUACCAGGCUUUGGAGCAGGCGGUUGGCGCUUCGAAGCGCAAGGAUGCGGCGGUCGCGCAUGCUGCAGCAGCCAAGAAGCGGAAAGGAAAGGCCAAGGUCGAGGUUGCGGAAGUCGGUGUUGGCGAGGAUGUGAUGGUCGUUAAAGAGGAGGAGGUAGACGGAGACGCAAACAUGAAGGACGGCGCGGUCGUCAAGCAGGAAGACGGAGAUAAGUCUCGGGAUCCGUGGUCGGAUGCAUGGAAGCUCACCACGCAAGAGAUUCGCGACGCUUUCCUCGCCAUCAACGCCGUUCGGUGGACGCAACCGAUCCACCUGACAGGUCCGCUCAAGGGCUACACGCUCGUCGCGCACCGGUCGGGUCACACCCUCGGUGGCUCGCUCUACACCCUCCGCCCGUCCCUCUCGUCUUCCCUCUCUCCCGCAUCCUCCGCCUCCUCUCUCCUCUACGCUCCACUCUUCAACCACGUCAAGGAACACCACCUCGACCCGACUUCACUCUUGAACGCCGGCAACGUCGACGACAACUUCCGCAGGAUGGGCGUAAUGAUCGUGGGCGCUGAGCGGAGCAAGGUCGUCAAUAUCAAGCGCAUCGAUCGCGAGCGCAAGAUGCUCGACUUGAUCACCUCGACCCUGCAAUCUGGCGGGUCCAUCCUCCUCCCUACCGACCCUUCCGCACGCCUCUUCGAGCUCCUCAUCCUCCUCGAGACGCACUGGCAGUUCGCCAACCUCGGUCAGCAGUUCCCGCUUUGCCUGAUCAGUCGAACGGGCAGGGAGGCUGUUGGUUUCGUGCGCAGCUUGACCGAGUGGAUGGGUGGUCAGAUCGCUGGUUCUGGUGCAGAAAAGCUGAAGUUUGCCAACCUCCGCAUUUUCUCUUCGCUCGACGAGAUCGCCACGACUAUCCCGCCCUCGGUGCCGAAGCUCAUCCUCACCGUCCCCUCGACGCUCUCAUAUGGCUACUCCCGCGCCCUCUUCCUCGACUUUGCCCGCAACCCGGCCAACCUCGUCCUCCUCACUGGCCUGAGCGAACCUGGGUCGUUGGCGCGGUGGCUCGCGAGAGAGGUGUGGGAGCCGCAGCAGGAGAAGGGUUGCAAGUAUGGCGAAGGCAAGGUCGGGAAGGAGGUCAAGAUGGACCAGACUAUCGAGCUCGAGAUGAAGCGGAAGGUCUACCUCGAGGGCGACGAGCUCGAAGCGCACCUCGCAGCCGAGCGGGAAGCAGCAGAACUCGUCGCACGACAGCAAGCCGCUCUCGAACGAUCUCGCCGGAUGCUGCAGGACAACGCCGGCGGCGACUCAGACGACGAGUCCGACUCUGAGGGCGAGGAGGCAGACGCUGCGGAAGAAGCAAAUGGUGCGGCGAACGAUGAGGACCAGCCCAUGCCUGUCCGACGGCGACGGCUGGGCGGCUUCACGGGCGGUGCCGGCGCCUGGGACGAGUUUCUCGACGCUCAGACGCUCGCAGGCUCCGCAGGCGGCCAAGUCUUCGAUAUCUACGUUCGCGGGUCCUACGGUGUGCGCAGCGCUGCGGGCGGCUUGCCUAGGUUCAGGAUGUUCCCGGUCGUCGAGCGCAAGCGCAGGGUCGACGCGUACGGCGAGGCCAUCGAUGUCGAAGGAUGGCUGCGCAGGGGUCAGGAUGACGAUCCGCUGUCGCCCAACAAUGCUCAGGUGCUGGGCAAGCGAGCAAGGGAGGAUGAGAAGGAGCCCGAGCCGGAGGAGAAACCCGACCCGCCGCACAAAUACGUUGUCGACCGCGUUGAGGUUCCGCUACAGGCCCUGCUGUUCGUUGUGGACAUGGAAGGCUUGAGCGAUGGGCGCGCUCUUAAGACUAUUCUGCCGCAAAUCAAUGCGCGCAAGCUCGUCAUCGUCGACGGUUCUUCCGAAGCGAUCCAAGAUCUCGCAGGCGCGUGCAAGGCCGUCACAUCGAUGACGGAGGACAUCUACACACCCUCUCUUGGCGAGACAAUCAAGGUCGGCGAGGAGACGAAGAACUUCUCGAUCCGCCUUGGCGACAGCAUCAUGGCGACGCUCCGCUUGUCGAGGGUCGAGGACUACGACGUCGCCUACGUCUCGGGUAUCGUCCACAUCGACCCCGAAUCCGACUUGCCCGUCCUUGAGCGACCGACUUUCGCCGACGCAGCGUCAGCACCUUCAGCGCUUCCUGCGCCGGACGGGACCGACAUUACGAUCGCCAACGGCGGCGGCGAGGCUGCGGCGGCUGAAGUGGAACAGGCAGACGCGGAGAAGGCUACGUCCGAAGAGCCAGCGGAUCCCUCGAUCCUCCCUGCCCUCAAGCCCUCCCUCUUCAUUGGUGACCUCCGUCUCGCGCUGCUCAAGGAACGUCUCGCGGCGCUCAAAGUUCCAUCCGAGUUCACCGGCGAAGGUAUCCUCGUCUGCGGUCCCGCCCCGCCUGAAGCGUUCGACUUCGACUUCUCCAGCGCCGCUCAGCGCGCCGGCAUCGACACGCGCAAGGGCGCCAAGUUCGUCCGAGACGCCUUGCUCAACGAGGCGAUGGAAGCAAGUGGUGGACGCGUUGCGGUCAGGAAGGUUGGCAGGGGUCGCCUCGUCCUCGAGGGAGGUCCGGGCGAGACGUACUUUGUUGUUCGGCGUGCUGUGUACGCGCUGCAUGCGCAAGCGGGAUGA